AUGGUUACUACAAGAGCUCAAUCAGCGACUCCUCGCAAGUCGAGAGCUAGCGCCUCUACCACCAACUCGCCGGCUCCUGCGACCCCUACACCGGCUCCACGCAACGGCUCGUCGCGCGCUUCACCUACCAAGAAGGCUUCUUCGGGUACUUCCUCCGCCACCUCUUCGCCCGCCCUCCGUCGUCGCAAGUCGUCCGCCAUGAGCCAGAAGUCGCUCUCCAAGGAGCAGCUCGGCCCCAAGACCAAGCACUACGAGUUCGCUGGGCCCUUUGGUGCUGCUUUCGUCUCGCUCACCGUCCCCUUCUUCUCGUACUACCUCUACUUUGGCUGUUCCGAGAAGCUCGGCUGCGCUCUCACUCUGCCCGUGCAGAACCCAGAUGCACUUCGCUCGCUCUUCGUUCAGGGUGUCAAGGACAGCCUCUUCGACACCACCGCUUGGGCCAUCUACGCAGCCUGGUACGCCUUCACCGUGAUCACCUGGAUCGUGCUUCCCGGCAAGGACUUUGAGGGCACCGAGCUCCGAACUGGCCAGCGUCUGCACUACAAGCUCAACGCUUUCGCUACCUUCCUCGUUGCAAUUGGUGCUUCGGUCGGCUUCAUCUUCUACAAGGGCCCCGAGGCUUUCACCAUCUUCUACCAGCACUGGCCCGGUCUCGUCUCAGCCGCUCUCUUCAACUCGUUCGCUCAGGCUGUCUACUGCUACCUCAGCUCGUUCGGUGACGGCAAGCUGCUUGCUCUCGGCGGCAACUCGGGCAAUGUGCUGUACGAUUGGUUCAUCGGCCGUGAGCUCAACCCCCGUAUCGGCAACUUUGACAUCAAGUCGUUCAACGAGCUUCGACCGGGCCUCAUCCUCUGGGCCAUCCUCGACAUCAGCUGUGCUUGCCAGCAGUAUGUUCAGCUGCGCGGUCGUGUCACGGACAGCAUGGUGCUCGUCUGCGCCUUCCACCUCUGGUACGUCGCCGACGCGCUCUUCAUGGAGUCGGCUAUCUUCUCCACCAUGGACAUCACCACCGACGGCUUUGGCUUCAUGCUGUCCGUCGGCGACUUGGUCUGGGUUCCCUUCGUCUACAGUCUCCAGGCACGUUACCUUGCCUUCCGACCUGUCCACCUCGGCAUUGCCGGCACUGCUGCCAUCAUCGGCGUCAACCUGAUCGGCUACUACAUCUUCCGCGAGGCCAACUCGGAGAAGAACCAGUUCCGUAACGGCACCAAUCCCAAGAACCUCAAGUACAUGACCACCUCGUCUGGACGCAAACUGCUGACCUCGGGCUGGUGGGGCCGCUCGCGUCACCCCAACUACCUCGGCGACUGGAUCAUGGCCUGGGCCUGGUCGCUGCCCUGCGGUUUCGCUACGCCCAUCCCCUACUUCUAUGUGGCCUACUUUGCCGUCCUGCUCGUGCACCGUCAGCUCAGGGACGACGAGGCGUGCCAGAAGAAGUACGGCAAGGAUUGGGACAAGUACUGCAAGCUUGUCCGCAGCCGCAUCAUUCCCGGCAUCUACUAG